AUGAUUUUUAAGAACAGCCUUUCCUAUACUGAAUCAUCUUCUUGGCCAGUCUUGAGUCCGAGGUGGAAGGCCACGUCAAUAGGGUUGUCCCAGAGGGAGCUGGCAGUCGGCUUUGCCGGGCAGUUAAAAAUGAUUGAUGUAGGACGGAGUUCUACUACUGGAGAACUAGAACACGUCCAGUCUCAAACCAGUCAAUCCGCCUCCCUGUCCAGUGUAGACAGUAACAUAGAGAAAAAUCAAAAGAAAGGACGAGUGUAUAGAACUGCUAGCAGAGCUACACUGAUUGAUCAGGAUUCAGGAAAUGUUUAUCAGAUAAUAGAGACGAAGGACCGAGGUUGGAGGGAGAAGGAUGAAUCCAACCUACACUCCGUGUCUGCUACUAUACACAACGAGGGUAGGGACCAGGAGUACCAGGAGAUCAGGAGAGAAAAAAGAGAAUGUCCGAACCCACCCAGUACAAGAUCAUAUACUCCCAUCAGUCCUAACCCUGUCCCUAUGCCCCAAACCUACUGCCCGACACCGUUGACCCAGGCCGGGGUGUGUAGCAACACCUUGGGCCGGUCCCUUCGUCUCUCACAGAACUCCGACUACGCACAGAUUGUUAAAUCUCGUAGUCCUGUUAAACAGUCCUUUUGUGAGUAUGAAACUAGCCUGGUUAGAUCUGAACCUGAUCCUACACUAACCUACGACUAUCCACCCACUCAACGGGAGACUAUAGAACGAUAUAUAGCUGUGCCGAUCAGCUCAACAGAUCACCUGCUGAUCAGCAGUACAGGUACAGGUCAGCACUACCUGGCUGAACCUGUUUCUAAUCUUCUGAGUGAACGAAUACAAGAACGCAUGAGCGCAGCUCAGGGUUACGCGAACUAUAGUAAGGAUGCAGAAUAUUCCAUGGACGCGUCCUACUCCAAGGACGCGGGAUAUGUGGUGGAGACGUCCUACAACAAGGACAUGGUGUAUAACCUGGACGCGUCCUACAAUGACCGAGACAAUUCUUAUUAUGGUUAUACUCCUGCAACCCUGGAGAGUCCAACCUACGAUAAACCUCCUCCUCCCCUACCUGCUCCUGGAUACGAGCGACCUGUACCCCUGGGGGCCAGUAGUCGAGCCACAUCAAAAAUGUCCUUGGACUGCUUAGAUAAAGAGACAAAUUUCUAAAGCUAAAAGUACUGUCACCCUAUCAUCCAAAAGCGGGUUCAAACUAGUUAAAAGACUAUAUUUUGCUGGAUCUGUGAAACCUUAAGAAUUGUCUUUAAUGCCCAUCUUUUGAUACCUGAGACCAGAUUUAAAUAACUGCGAAAAGUAGUAAAACCAAGUGGAUAGAGUUGAACCACUUCUCCUCUUGUGCUCUGAGUCAAGCUGAAAAGAAUUUUUUAACUUAAUCUACACGUGGUUCAGCUAUAUCUCACUAUUCAUUAAAUCUGAUCCCUGAUAAACAAUUUUAUGUGUUUUUUUUCUCACUUUUAGGAUCUCAUUUUACGUGUUUCACGUUAGUGCCUAACCCAUACCUCUUAUAUACUUACAUAGUUGACUUAUUGGUACUUUACACCUGGGCCAAAAACUUUAAGCAUGAAAAAAACUUAAAACUCCGUAUCGGAAAAUUUGUUACAUUUAUGGACAAAAUUUUUUUUAAAUUAUGUGUUAUUUUUUACCAGUUGCCAAAGAUUAACUUUCUAGAGAUAGUAAAACUUAUGAAAUCCCAAAAAUAAACUUAAACUUAGUUUCCGAAACUCAGUUGUAAUAAAUUCCAAAGUUUCAGUCUCCGAGAUAUAUUAAGGAACAGUUGGAGCCGCACUUGCAGGUUUAUUUCAUAUUUUUAUAUUCUUUUCCAGCAAAAUCACAAUUCUACAACGAAAAUAUAAAAUUUAACGACAAAGGGAGUUUUUUUUGCCAUAAUAUAAAGUUUUUAAGUUCUAACCAAGAUUUAUUCUGAAAUAAACUUUUAAAAUCCUAAAAUUGGGAACCUACCAAAUUUACAGUGUGUUCGUUUUAUCUCUUGACGGGUUUUAUUUUCAUUUUAUAGUUUUAACUUGAAGUAACCCUCCAUCUGUAUAGUUAUAUGUCUGAUGCACAACGGUACUCUUUAAAAUUUCGAUUGAUCAAGGAUGACAGAGUGGAUACAUUUCAUAUUUUUUUUUCAUAUUUCAAAAAUAUUAUUAUUUAUUUCCAACGAACACUUACACUUUUUAUUAUUAGAGCGUUAAAAAGGUGGAUUUCUUUGACAUAAAAAAAGUUGUUCAAAUAGUAGAUUUUAAUAAAGGAUGGGUAUCAAAUAUUUAAAAGUCAAUAGUUGGUUCAUCUUUCUUUCAUCCCCUCUGAUACCCGUGUUGUAACUUGUGUGCCCCUCUUACGCCCCCCCCCUGAAAAGGUUCCAACUGUGCCCCUCCUAUCCCCCCUGAAAAGGUUCCAACUGUGCCCCUCCUAUCCCCCCCUGAAAAGGUUCCAACUGUGCCCCUUUGGUGUAUAAGCCUAUAUAUAUCCUACGUACUGCCUCCAGCCAACAUUUAACUAAACUUUUAAAUUUUCCCUCAACAAAACAAGAUAGAAAAACAACCUUUUUAAUAUUCAAACCUAACUUUAGCAUCUGAUUGAAGGGUGUAUAGCCAAGUACAUAUUCUGGAAAAGGUUCGAAAGGUGAAGGAGAUCAAAAUUGCACUUUAUUUUUGUUUUAUAGAUUGUGACUUUAUGAACCUUUCAAGCUACAAGUGUACACUAUUGUGAGUUAAAUAUUGUUUAUACAUAUUAAAAAAAAAGUUUCAGAAAUGCCCAAAUAGUUCAAACUACUAUAAAUGUGCAUUAACUUUUUCUCUUGAGGUCUUUAACAUCACUGCCGAAGAAAAGUUUAUAAUCUAAAUUAUCCUGUAAAAUUAUUUAUAUAGCUCUUUAUCAAUUCACCUAACUUAGGCACAAAUAAGUUUUAAAAUAUAUAUUAGUAAACUUUCUAAAUAUUCUACACUUAAAGUUUUUUUUUCAAGUGAUACUUAUACGCCUAAUUGACACUUAAACAAUUAAACUCGUAAUUUUAUUUUUUGAAAAUAGUUUUUUAAAUGAUGAUUUUUCUUUAAAGUAAAAUUUUUAUUAAAGCAGACUUUCUAGGAAUAUAGUUAAUUGUUGAUACUUUUUAAUUAUACAGGGUUACCCACAAGGGAUGAGACUGUAAAGACGACCCAAAACUCUAAAAAUAUAACGAUUUAUAAAGCUUGAUUUUUGGUUUCUGCAUUCAAUUGAGUAAUUCAGUGGUUUACUAAAUAAUUAAGCACAGUAAUAAGCCUACAAGCCUACACAAGCCUACAAGGAACCCUAAAUGCAAGUAAAUGGGCUAAACAAUCAGACAAUCGUCUUUGAAGUCUCAUCCUUUGCGGGUGGCCCUGUUGUUAUUUUAAACAGUUGUACAAUAUUUAGAAUCGUGAAUUGUCCCUUUAAAGUAAACACUUUGCCAAACUCCACCAGUAGUAGUAUGUAUAUAUAUACCUGUUAAACCUUUCUCUAACCGUUAAGAAAAGAAAUAAAAAUUAUUUAUUAGAUUA